AUGUCAUAAUUAAAAUAGAAAAAAUAUACAAAAAUAAAAAAUUUCUAUUGCUCUUACUUUUCUAAACAUUAAAUACUCUAAUUCGACUUAAGCACUAACUUCUUAGGUUCUAAUUCGCGAUUAGGAAUUGGAUUAUCAAGAUGUGAAAAUUUAAUAGACCUGUAUUUAAACUUUAAUAAAUGCUAAUUAAAAAUUGUUGGCAUGUAAAAACUAUGCGAUGGAUUAGUAAAAUGUAAUAAACUUGAGUUUUUGUAAAUGGACUUUACAAAAAAUAUGAUAAAAAAUGAAGGUGCUUCUAUAUUAGGAACUUACCUUAAAAAUAUUGUCAACCUUGAAUAGCUGUCAAUAAAUUUAAAAAAAAACAAAAUAGGAAACAUAGGAGUAAAAAACUUAGUUUAAGGAAUAGGCUAAUCUCAAAAACUGAAAAGAUUAAGAUUGAUACUGGAUGAAAACAACAUUGAUAAGGGGGCAAAUGAUUUAGCUUUAAGCAGUGAAUAUUUAGGAAAUAGUCUUUAAGUUUUGGAUAUUUCACUUUAUGGCAAUUAAAUUGACUGUGAUUGUGAACUUGAAACUGGCAUAGCUUUAUUGAAUUUACCUAAUCUCAAAAGUUUAGUAUUGAAUUUCACUUAUUAACUUAUUAGGUCAGAAUUUACUAAGGAAAGCAUUUUCGAUUAAUAAAACUAAUAAAAUUAAAUUUCUUUAGAAAAUUAGCAUAAUCUCUUAGCUUUCAGUCUUUAUUCUUAUUAGUAGAGAGUUAUAUAAAACAAUGAGAGAUAUUAGCUUUUGAUUUCAGCUUUAGCUCAAAAAACAAAAUUAUUACAUUUGGAAUUUUUUCCAGCUUAUCGUUAUGAAAAUUUAAAAGAUGAUAUAUGUCAUGUUUUAGAAAACUGCUUGAAUAUAUCAACUUUAUCUUUGAUGUUAAAUGAUUUUGCAGAUAAGGAUGUUCAAGUUUUAGGUUCUGUUCUUGAAAAAAAUACAAAUAUUUAAAAACUUUUUCUUUUCCUCCAACACAACAACAAGUUAGGUGAUUAGGGUACAUUAUAAUUAUUUAAUUCCUUACCAAAUAUCAUAAAUCUCUAAAAUUUAUUACUUGAUCUAAGCUAUAAAUAAAUUAAUGACUAAGGUAUAUAAAACUUAGGUAUUGCAUUAAUUAAAUGCAUAAAUCUCAAAGAUUUAAAACUUCGUCUAUAUUAAAUUGGAGAUUAAGGUGUAAAAUUGUUAUUUUCUUCAUUAGCUAAAUGCACAAAUAUCUCAAACUUGUCACUAAAUCUUAGAGGUAAUUAAAUUGGGGAUGAUGGAAUAUCGCUUUUAACUUUUAAUUAAUCUUUAUAAGUUUUAUCUCUUGACUUUGGUUAUAAUAAUAUCUCAAGGAGUGUUCUAAAUUUAGCUCAUUAAUUAGCUUGCAUAAAUCUCUAAAGUUUGACUCUGAAUUUAUUUUAUAAUAAAAUCAAUCUAUCAUAAAAAUUGGCAGUAGAAAGCGAGUGUCUUAAAUCAAAAAGAUUAGUUGUCUUUAAAAUAAAUUUCUUAUCAUCAAUAUGA